CCCUCCCGCCCGCGCCGCCGCCGCCGCCUCCCGCCCGCCCGGCCGGCCGCGCUCCCAGCCAGACCGAGCGCCGGACCCCGCGCCGCCGCCUCCCCGCGGGCGCUCGCCAUGGACAGCCCCGUUUUCACCUCGUAAAGAUGGCGGUGCGGGGUCGCUGCUACCUUUAGACUAAUGACUGUCCGAAACAUCGCCUCCAUCUGUAAUAUGGGCACCAAUGCCUCUGCUCUGGAAAAAGACAUUGGUCCAGAGCAGUUUCCGAUCAAUGAACACUACUUUGGAUUGGUCAAUUUUGGAAACACAUGCUACUGCAACUCCGUGCUCCAGGCCUUGUACUUCUGCCGGCCGUUCCGGGAGAAUGUGCUGGCAUACAAGGCCCAGCAGAAAAAGAAGGAAAACCUGCUGACGUGCCUGGCGGACCUCUUCCACAGCAUCGCCACGCAGAAGAAGAAGGUUGGCGUCAUCCCACCAAAGAAGUUCAUUUCGAGGCUGAGGAAAGAGAACGAUCUCUUUGAUAACUACAUGCAGCAGGAUGCUCAUGAAUUUUUAAAUUAUUUGCUCAACACUAUUGCGGACAUCCUGCAGGAAGAGAAGAAACAGGAAAAACAAAACGGAAAAUUAAAAAAUGGCAACAUGAACGAACCUGCGGAGAAUAAUAAACCAGAACUCACCUGGGUUCAUGAGAUUUUUCAGGGAACGCUCACCAAUGAAACUCGAUGCUUGAACUGUGAAACCGUUAGUAGCAAAGAUGAAGAUUUUCUUGACCUUUCUGUUGAUGUGGAACAGAAUACAUCCAUUACCCAUUGUCUAAGAGACUUCAGCAACACAGAAACACUGUGUAGUGAACAAAAAUAUUAUUGUGAAAUGUGCUGCAGCAAACAGGAGGCCCAAAAACGGAUGAGAGUAAAAAAGCUGCCCAUGAUUUUGGCCCUGCACCUCAAGCGGUUCAAGUACAUGGAGCAGCUGCACAGGUACACCAAGCUGUCUUACCGGGUGGUCUUCCCGCUGGAACUCCGGCUCUUCAACACCUCCAGCGACGCGGUGAACCUGGACCGCAUGUACGAUCUGGUCGCUGUGGUCGUCCACUGUGGCAGUGGUCCUAAUCGCGGGCAUUACAUCACCAUUGUGAAAAGUCACGGCUUCUGGCUUUUGUUUGAUGACGACAUUGUAGAGAAAAUAGAUGCUCAAGCUAUUGAAGAAUUCUAUGGUCUGACAUCAGAUAUAUCAAAAAAUUCAGAAUCUGGAUAUAUUUUAUUCUAUCAGUCAAGAGAAUAACUUAAAGAACUGUGGGACUAAUUCGAGCGGGGAAAAUGUUCAAAGCACUAUCACCCGGUUUCUCUGCAGACUUCCCUCUUCCCCAGCGGCCCACUACCGGUAUCACUCCAAGUCCCAAUGGUCUGGCUGUGUUAAACUCUCUCCCUUUGUUGUUUUUACACGCAGCGCUACUCUUGACUUUAUUUCCGUCUGAGGUAGAGUUAACUGCAAUCAGAUAGUAGGAAGAUUUAUAUGAAUAACAGUUACAGAUUUUAGGAUUGGGUGAAGGCUGUGCCACUAGUUACGUCUGGUUGAAUUAGAAGGACAUUUGCUAUGAAUGUCUACAGUCUGUUUGGGGUGUUUGCUGAACUUCUAAAUGGCUUUCAGGGGUCUCCUUACAAUGCAUUCCUUUAACUUGUCCCUGGAAGCAUUGCUGCCCAUUUUCAGCUUCUCUUCCUCUUUUCCGUCACAAGCACAGAGAAUUGGGUAGCUGUUCCCCUUUUAGGGCUGCAACUAUAGCUUUAAGUUUGUGCAGGCAAAAAUGUUGAAAAGUGAGUGACCUCAAGACUAAAAGCAUUCUCCACGUGGAACAGGGUGAAGAGGAGCUGUUCGUGGUGGCCGAGGGUGGCCGGCGUCUGCACCACGCUGUGCUAACCUAGCCGGUAGAAUUCCAGGGGCUGAGAAGGUUAUGGAGCUCAGGGCAGGCAAAGCCAAGAGGAGGAAGUGUUUGUGGACAGUGAAGAUUACUUUUCUUAUCUUUCUACCAAAACCAAGUUUCAGGAAAACAACUCCGUGCUGUUGAUUUUUAGUGACACUUUUCUUCUGUAAGGUCCUGUCAGUUGUGUUUAUCCCGUAUCUGGCGCCGCUGAGCUUCUCAAGGUAUCUUUCCAGUCCUGCUGAUGUCCCGCAGCAGUGGCUGCAGGGCUGGCGAAGCUCCCCUUGGCCAGUCAGCACGGACAUCGUCUCCGUCAGGAACAACAGAGACACUGCACCUCGACAGCCGUCCGCACAUCGUACAACUUAAUUUCUAAACAUACUCUGUUUACCGAGGCACUGGCCAGUCCCAGGGCAAAUACACAAGCUCCCUGGAGGGAGUGCUGGAGGUGGCUGGGUGCGACGGGGGCGGAGGAAGUGGCAGUGGGCGGGUGGAGGGUGGACAGAAUGGCAGCGGUUUCUCUGGCUCAGACUCCUAGAAUGCUUGACAAGACAGUGUUUUGGAAGAACCUCAUCUCACUAUAGUUUUACUUUUUUUUCACUUGUGUUAUAUAUGUAUUUAUUAGAGCAUUUGAGUGUUGGUACCUUUUAUUAAAAGGGUCGAUUUGCUGUUUUGCCCUUGGGCUGGUUUUUGUUUUCCUACAAAUACUACAAGUCAUAUAGAUCUUGGCUUCCUUUGGGAAAUCACUUGACUUCCAUACACUAUGUUAUACUGUGAACAUGACAUUUUGUUACCUAAAGCAUCUGCUAACGAACAUGCAAACGUUUGGCAUAAUGUGAACUGAGAUUGAAAAUGUUAGUGGCCAUUUUGCAACAAUGAAGAGGAUAGCACUUUAGAUGAAAACUGGAUUUCUUGUCUUUGAAAUAUCUUCAACCGUUUAUCGCUCAGAAUUUAAAUAAGCAUGCCAACAUUUCAUUUGUUCAUGCUUGAAGUGAAACAUUUUACUUUUCACUGGAGAAGACAAAACAGGGUGAUCUUCAUGUUACUGUUUUAUACAAGUGGUGAAAAUGUACCUUGCCUUGUUUAGAGGCAAAUUCAUAUUUAUAAAUAUUUUGUCUUUUUUUCUUCCAUGAAACAUAUGCAGUACCUGGAAGGUGAGUCUUUAUUCUUUAUUUUAAGGAGAGGCACUUUCCAAUGGAAGGUAAUUGAUAAGAGGGAAAUGUUUGUAUUAUAUGUAACCCAUAUAUUUGACUGCAAGUUACAAAGUUUAAGAAAAUGAUCGUUGAUCUCUAAUAUAUUUGGAACUGAUUCAUAAGAAAACUAUUAAAACUACCUUUGAAACGAC